AUGGGUUUGCAGGAGGAUUUUGAAGAGCAUGCUGCGAAAGUCAAGACUCUAAAAGAGAGUCCAUCAAAUGAAAACUUGCUUAUCCUCUAUGGAUUGUACAAGCAAGCCACUGUUGGACCUGUUACCACCGCUCGUCCUGGAAUUUUCAACCAGAAAGACAGAGCUAAAUGGGAUGCAUGGAAGGCUGUUGAAGGCAAAUCCAAGGAUGAAGCAAUGAGUGAUUACAUCACUAAGGUGAAACAGCUGCUGGAAGAAGCUGGUCUUUCUGCUUAA